ACCUUCUUCUAACUUAAUAUUUUAAUUUAUUAAUUAUAUUUCUUUGACAUAUUUUUCCUAAAACUACUGUUAUUGACGAAUGCAAUAUUUUGGUAUCUUUCUCUGCCCGCUUCACACCUCCGUCUCUGCGGAGACUCGCUACAUCAACAUCGACUCUCUCGGUUUACUUCACCUAUUUCUAUAUCGCAUGUCUUCUUAAACUGCAUUUAAUGUCGCUUAUAUUAAUGGUUAUUAAACUUAUAGAACCUAUUUCUUCAUUUAAACUACAAUGGUAACCCUAAACUUUAGUUAUUGUCAGUAAAUAAGACGCAAAACAGUCGCGAAAUGCUCGGAUCCAGCCCAUUUCCUUGUAGACCACGUGGAUUCAAGUAUGUGACUGUUGUGCUGUUUUCGCGCCAUAUGACGUUGUUGAGCGUCAGUUUGGGUCAAAGGUUGAAUAAUGGAGGUAAUGUCGUCUGCUAAGUAAGAUAGUUUAGUGGCGAUUCUCUCCCGGUCUCACUUCCCUACUUGGAUGAGAUUAUGACACUUAUCUGAUUUACAACUUCUUACAACUUUGAAUUCAGUGGCGUCCCACGUACAUUUCUCUUUCAGACGUCUACGUUUAUUUGACCACUUUAAAACUAAAUAGUGUCGGAUGUAUUUUGGUGGAGACAAUUUGGUCAGCAAGCUACAAGGGAAAGACAUUUACGAUAUUGUCUAUUUAGCUUUACAUUUCCCCAUUCGUCCCGUGUCUUACUGAUUUCUUUAUUACUAACUGAUCAUUUAAAAUCAACACAGCAGCAAUGGAGGAGUCAGCAGACCUUGUCUUCAACUCUCAGAAUAUAAUGAGUUUUAAAUCUUCAGAGUAUGACAUCAAUGACUUUUUAGAAAGUUUUAAUCAGGGAAUUUUCCAGAAAACAUUGCAGUAUCAGACAUGUUUAAAGCAGCUAACUCAUGUAUUUUCCUGGUUACUGGGUGAACUAGAAGAAAACCCUUCUGUUAUUCCAGAUUUGAUAUCACAAGGAAUUCUUGAUCUGUGUUCAGAUUUUAUUACAAUUUUUGUUGAACUGUCUGAGGAGCAAAAGCUGAACCCUUUGUCUUUGCCAGUAUUUGAACUUACUUUGGAGAUUGUAAUUGUUAUUGCUAAUACAAGUGCUGAAAUAAGACGUACCCUUGUUUUAAAGUUUACUGAACUUUUGAUGGAAUGUAUUUUAAAAGGCUGUUUGCCUUUUUUAAUUCGUCUACAGGCUCUCAAGUAUUCAAAUCUAUUAUUUGAGCACUGUCCUUCUUCUGUUAAAGAAACUCUGAAUUUAAAACCACAACAUCAAAAUAAUUUAAAAAGUAUCAUCAAACUGAUAACAACUAUUGGUGAUUAUGAAUUCCAGGUGGCCAUUGUUGAAUACACAUUUCGAUCCAUUUCUAAGAAAUUCCGCUCACAAGAACUGUCUAAUUUGUCUGAUCCCAAUAUAUUCUCUUUCAUCAAUUCUAUCAAAGAUGAAACUUUCGAAAGUGAUUGCAGAAAAUGUUUAAAUGCCUUUAACAGUAACCAAGGAAUAUAUCAGAGAGUAUUCUCACUUCCUUGUAAUGAUAUAUAUUUUGGAAAUCUAAAGCUGAACAGACCAAAAGAUGAAAGCUAUAAACACUUCUGGGUUGAUUUCAAUGUCACCAGUCAACGCAUAACUUUCUACUGUGAGCAAGUUAAUAGCAAUGAAGACCCUGAGUGUGAGGAAGAUGUAUGGGAAACAGUCAGCAUUUACAAAGAAGAUGUGAAGGAAAUUGUUUAUGAAGUAUGUGAUGACGAAUUGGCUAUUAUAUACUUCCUGUUCUUCCCAUCUAUGAAAGAAAUUCUACCUGGACAUACUCUCAAAAAGGGCUCUAGCAUGAAAAUGACGUUCCAGGACAGAGAUGCUGUUUGUAAAGGAAUUCAGGAAAUUUUCUCUAACCCAAAGUGUUCGGUGGCACAGAAAGCAAUUCCUAUCAAUGCUGCCUACAAGAAAGAUUCACAUCAGAAAGUUAGAGUGGACAGAAGUCCUUAUGAGCAUGGUUUGAAUGAGUCUUUUAAUUCUUCAACAACGAAGACCAUGAGGAAAUGCUCUGUUCCAAGUGAAAUCAUGACAACUCCAUUAAUGAUAAAAGUACAAAUACCAGAAACUCCGAAAGAGAAACCAGCUAAAGAUAUCAAGAACAUUCCUAAAAGAAAUGCAGUUAAUGUGUCUGAAGUGUCCCAAUCAUCCAGGAAUACUGAUAGAAGGAGAACAAGCUCACCAAAGAUAAAGAACAAAUAUGAAAUAGUUUCUGAAAGAAAUAAUCAAGAACUGAAGAAAAAAGAUGAAAAAAUAACUGCUGCCAUGCCAAGCAAGAGUUCUGCUUUAAAUAGUCCUAAAACAGAUCUGACCAAUACUAAAAGUGGACAGAGAUCAUCUGCUAAAAAGCCAGCUCUAAAUCAACCAUUGAGAACAUGUGAAAAAGUUUCAUCUAGAAGAUCCACUAGGCUUAUCGUUAAAGGCCAGGAUCUUCCUUCACCACAAAAAAAAGCUACUCCUCCAAAAUCUCCGAGAAAGCUUCGUUCAAGAACUAGAGAUAACAACAUGACAAUGAGCCCAGAGUCCAGUUCAGAUUUUGUUACAGAUUCAACUGGAAAAGUUGCUGGAAGAGAAAAUAAGAACAUGCUUAAAAACACAUCAUCUUUAAAAACAAAUGAAAGAUCAUCUAGAAUAAAACAAAAUGUCAGGUCAACUCCUGUUUUAGAUAUUUCAAAUAAUUCCUGCAAGAAAAAAGAACAAGCUAAAAAGAUUCCUGAUACAAGAGAUAACUCUGCUUUGACAUCAAGGGAAAAUACAAAAACCAACCUUGACCAGUCUCACUUUCCAGUAUCUCAGUGUGGUGACAGCAAAUCCCAAACAACUACAGUGAAAAACACAUCUAAUAAGACAAGAUUGAGAUCAUUUGACAAACUAAACCUUUUGCCAGAAAAGUAUCCACUUCGCAAAGACAACCGUAAUAAAAAGAAACCUGAAAACAAAACCACAAGCAGUUCAACUGCAACAGAAUCGAAGGAAUCAAAUAGAUCAAUAUUGAACAAUCCAUCCAUCUCUACUAUCCAGGAAACUCAAGAAAGUUGUGCUUAUCAAGAGAAUUCUAUAAUCAUCCCAGAAUCUGUGCCACUGAAACAGCAACUUCUCAUUUCUAGAAAACUGACUGACUCCAAUACUAAGAAAACAUCGGCUUUUGACAGUGGUAUAGCCUCAAGUACUGAUACUCAAAAGCAGAGAAAAACAACAGUUUUAGAGAAAACUAUUCUAAAAGUAACUCCUUCGACAAAAGAUGUCAGUAUAACAGAAGAUCCGUCAUUCAUAUAUCAUUCUUUAAUAAAGAAAAAUUCUGAAUUGAAGUCCAGUAAUAUUGAUAAAAUCAAAGAAAUAAAUAAUGAUGUUUUGAAAGAAGUAACAAAGGUUACUGAAUCUAAACAGACUGCUGUAGAGAAUUUAUCAUCUACAUCAGAUAAUAGAAUGAAAACUAAGAGCCCGGUUAAGAAAACAUCUUUCCAUUUCAUGAGUUCUGAUAGUGAUGCUAAUUCUGGCAACAAUAGAACCAUACCUUCAAAGUACUCCACCAUCACAAAAGAAAAUCUCAAGAAAUUUAAUCAGCAAAGAGACAAGUCAUCAGUUAAUAAUUUGAAUGCUAGAAUUAAAGGCUUUGUGAAAUCUUCAUGUGAGACUGUUUUCCAAGACAUUGACGAUGUUGACAAGAACCAGACUAUGAAAGAAGAUGAAAUAUUGAAAGAUCCUCAUCAUCUUUCCACACUUCACAAAUCAAGGAAUCCUGAUGUUGAUUUAACAAAUGACAAAAGUUCUAAAACUACAAGCAACACUUCUAACCAUAAUAAUAAUAAUAAUAAUGACACUGACCUAUCAAGUAAGUCAGCAUUGGCAUCUAGUAACUUAUCUAGUCCUGUUACUGAUCCUACAAUGAGGAAAAAAUCGCCAGGAAAUACAAAUCAACAACAGAAAGUUGCUAGUCCAGAGAACAUGUCACGAUCAACAGAAGGGGAUCAACUAGUGAACCCAAAAACUGCCAGUAAUAGUUCUAAGUUCCAAACCAAUUCGAAACAACAAUCAAAAAUAAAAGGGAAUAUUCCAAAAAGACCCCUCUCUUAUUUCUCUUCUCGAUCACCAAAUGAAGCACAUAGAAAAUCUGAAGGUAACCGAAGCCCAAGUCUUAAACUAUUUGAACAGACUCCACCUCAUAAAGCACAAGAGAAGGCAAAAAGAAAUUACAGAUCAAAACAACAAGCAAACUUCUCUAAUUAUUAUGACCCUUACGAUUUUGACAAUAUCAGUAAUAACUCUUCUGAUGUUAAACUGUCUGUCAGAAGUUCAUCUCCAGUCAUUUCAGAAAAACGUAAAUUUUUCAAGACUAGGCAGAAUACUAAACCAGCCAAUCUUUCAAACUACUUAGAUAUCACCAAAAGAUCAAAACCAAUUAAAGAAUCUGAAAGCUUUCUGCCAACUACUGCUUCUAAGAAAACCAAACAAUCUUUCAACAAAAAGCAUAAAACUUCAAAUCAGACAUCUAAACCCAUUACUUCAAAUCAGAUGUCUAAAUCUGUUACUUUAAAUCAAACAUUAAAAUCUGUUACUUCAAAUCAGACACCUAAAUCUGUCUUAGAUGAAUUUAACAAAGACCAGUCCAAUGAAACAUGCUUUAAUCCCUUACCUCCUGGACGUCAGGGUUUAAAUAACAAACAAUGUGAUGGUUCAGGAAGAAGUGACAAAACUUCCAAAAAAGUUUCGAGCAGUUCGGUUAAUUCUAAGACAUCGGCCAAUAAUGGACGACUAACUCGGAAGCGGAAACCUGUUAAUUAUAAAGAAGUUGAUACUAGCUCUGAAGAUCGAAGGAAUGAUAAUGAGUCUGUUGUUAGCAGUAGGUCAGAAGUCAGUGUGCCACAGAAGAUACAGAAAACUGUCACAAGAGAAGGUCAAUCAAUACACAAGAGUGUAUCUCCAGUCAGUUCGAAACAUUUUUCCAGUUAUCAAAAACAAUCUCUCAAUUCAAAACAGAAAGCACAACCACAUUCCAAGCAACUGAAUCAAAUAAAUAAGAGAGAUAAUCAAGAGCAGAAAGAGAGCACCAUCAACGCAAAUAAAAUACAAAAGAUAUCAAUACCUUCUGUAUCAGGAUCCCUGUUUGGUAGCAGUAUAACUCAAAACAGUGAGGUCAGUUGGAUUGCUGCUGCUAAAAGAAGCAAUCAUCAAGAACAUGAGAUACAGAAAACCUACAGUACCAAGAAAGACAUGACAUAUUUUGGUUCUUAUCCCAGUAUACCCAAAGCCUUGAAAAACAAGAAGAAACCAGUGAAACAAGACAGUAAAAAACUGAAGAAGAACUAUAAGGUUUUAGAAAAUGAAUUCACAUUUAAUGAUACUGAAAUUACAUGUGGUGGUUCUCUCAACUUUCUUACUGAUGAAGAACAUCAAGUGUUGACCAGAACAACUACAGAACUGAGCCACAGUCAGAGCAUCAACAAAUCUCUAGUGUCUUUUAAUAUAUCAGAGAAAUUGCUUCCAACAAACAGUGUUUUGGGAGUUCACCAAUUUCAACCUAAUUGUAGCUCAUCAUUUACAGCUCCUACAAAAGCAACCAACAGUCUUCAGGGGACUGUUAAUAUAUAUCCACAGAGUGAUUCUGCAUCUCUUGUUUCUUAUAUGUCUCAUGCAUCUCAUUCAUCUCUCACAUCAAUCAGCAGUAAGAAAAACCAGUUUCUCUUCCAAAAUGGCACUACUGACUCCCCACUUGAGGAAAGAAUUAUGACCCAAGAAGACCAUCACAGACUCAGUUUUCAAGAAAAUCUCUCCAAUUAUCAAGAAAACUCUUCUGACAAAACUGGGCUUAACGUUUCUUUGUCUGAUCACUUAGACAAUUAUUCAGUGUCUAAUCUCUCUAUUACCAGUUUUCCAAAGAAUUCCAUGCAGCAGCAUGCCCAGAUGUUACCAAAACAGACUUCAUUUUGGAAGCCAUGUCUAUGGGACAAUUUCACUCAAGACACGAGUACAAAGAUUAACAACCUUCAAGCCUUGCCAACGAAGACAGUUGAGAGAACAGUGACUUUGUCAGUCAGUGAUGAAUCUGUAGAAGUUCUUACUGCAAAAGUGUCAGAGAAGAGUAGUCAUCAAUAUUCCUGUACCAGAGAAUCAACCUACUUACCAUCUGAAAGUAAAAGUUCCAACAAUUGUAGCAAUCGCAGUUCUGGUAGCAUCAAACAUCUUGUCCAUUCUAUUGGGACUGAUAUGAAAAAAUCCAUUGCUACAAAACAGGCUAAUAUAUCUGCAAUCACUAAAGAAACUCUAACCAAAACAGAGAAGGCCCUUUUAAAAGUAUGGCAAAAAGAUUUUAACAGCCGACAUGAUCUGGACAAAGGCUUUGAGAAAAAAGUAUUCAGAGAAUUUGAGAGACUUCACAAAGAAGUACUCUCUUCUGAAGAAUGCAGACAAACACUUUUGAAAACUGUUGAAGAACAAUUAGUAAACUCAGAGAAUUGUCGAUUCGUACAAAUGAAAUGCCUAAAACGACUGCAGAUGAUGUAUUCACAGUAUCACACAACUAUGUGCACUGACUAUGAAAGCAAGAAAGAUAAACAGGAUGAAGUCAGAAAUAUCCUGAAAACUGAAAUGAAUGAACUGCAGAAAAAAUUUCUUUUUGAAGCUACCCAGCAAGAGAUGCAACAGAUCCAAAGUCGUCUUUACAAAAUUCUCAUCUGAAUCAAAAAAAGCCCCCAGUUUUGGUUUUAUAACUAACACAAGUUUCAUGAAUUUACUAUUCUGUUCAAUUACAUCGUUUCAUUUCAGAUAUAAAACUAAACAAACAUG